UUCACCUUUCUCCCCAUUUUGUCUUUUUGAAGUAUUUCAGUGUAACUUUUUCUGUUUUUUAAGCGUUUGCGCAGACUUAUCAAUGGCUUCUUCUCUGGUUCUCAAGAGGCUUGCAUCCCCAAGUCUUCUCUCACGGUCUCUUAGUCGUACGAUCACUCCGACUGCCACCUCAGCCUCUCACUUUUUCAACACCAAGGCUGUACGUCAAUACGAUAACGAGUCCGACGACCGUGACCUUGAUGUUGACCAUCGUUCUGGUUCUCGACGCCGCGAUUUAUUCUCAAAUGUGUUUGAUCCGUUCUCUCCAACAAGGAGCUUGAGCCAGGUGUUGAACUUGAUGGACCAAAUGACAGAGAAUCCGUUUUUUGCCGGGACACGUGGUGGGAUACGCCGAGGCUGGGAUGCGAAAGAAGACGAAAAUGCCCUGAAUCUCCGAAUCGACAUGCCGGGGCUAGGAAAGGAAGAUGUGAAGGUGUCAGUGGAACAGAACACUCUGGUGAUCAAAGGCGAAGGAGCAAAAGAAGGUGACGAUGAAGAGAGCGUUCGAAGGUACACGAGCAGAAUUGACUUGUCGGAGAAGAUGUACAAGACCAACGAGAUCAAGGCGGAGAUGAAAAACGGUGUACUGAAAGUGGUGAUGCCCAAGGUUAAGGAAGAGGAGAGGAGUGACGUGUUUCACGUUAACGUUGAGUGAAAAGCGAUGGGUUUUUAAUUUUUAUUGAAUAAUUUUGUAAUUGGUUGACUGUGGUAGUGAGGUGUGAGGUGGGAGGUGGGCAACAUUUUGAAUCUGAUUCUUAAAUCAUGCCAAGAUUUUCAUCUUCUUAAUUAGUAAAAAGAGGUUAUCUGAUUUUGAUUUA